AUGAGUUCAGCAGGAGACAGACAGUGCUCUUCCAGGACCUCUCAGGCUCCUGAUCCCUCACAGCUGUAUGAAGACGUGAAAAUCGAGAUUUCAGGUGGAGGGACAUCUGAAGUGUCAGGAAUCUGUGUGAAGAAAGAAGAGACACUGGAGUUGAACAUCUACAACCAUGGAAACAACUUCGAGAACCCACCUGAAGUUCUCUCAAUUAAAGAGAUCCUGACAAUAAAGACUACCUCUGUACGAGAUCAGGAGCUCAGGCUAUUAUCUGAUACUCUCACUUCUGACAAUUUUAACAAUGAUGACCAAAAGGAAAUUCACCAUUGCUCAGAACGUGGAACAAAUUUUGGUCAUCAGAGUGCUCUCCAAAAACAUGAACAAGUUCACAUAAGAGAAAAGCCAUAUCACUGCUCACAGUGUGGAAAGAGUUUUACUCAAAAGAGUGCCCGCCAAAAACACCAGCGCAUUCACACAGGAGAGAAGCCAUAUCACUGUUCACAGUGUGGAAAGAGUUUUACUCAAAAGAGUCAUCUGCAAGAACACCAGCGCAUUCACACAGGGGAAAAACCAUAUCACUGCUCACAGUGUGGAAUGAGUUUUACUCAUCAGAGUGCUCUCCUACAACACCAGCGCAUUCACACAGGAGCGAAGCCGCAUCAGUGCUCACAGUGUGGAAAGCUUUUCACUCAAAAGAGUCAUCUCCAAGAACACCAGCGCAUUCACACAGGGGAGAAGCAAUAUCACUGUUCACAGUGUGGAAAGAGUUUUACUCAAAAGAGUCAUCUGCAAGACCACCAGCACAUUCACACAGGGGAAAAACCAUAUCACUGUUCACAGUGUGGAACAGGUUUUACUCAUCAGAGUGCUCUCCAACGACACCAGCGCAUUCACAUUGGAGCAAUGCCAUAUCAGUGCUCACGGUGUGGAAAGAGUUUUACUCAAAAGCGUCAUCUUCAACAACACCAACGCAUUCACACAGGAGAGAAGCCUCAUUACUGCUCACAGUGUGGAAAGAGUUUUCCUCAAAAGAGUGCUCUUCAGUCACACCAGCGGAUUCACACAGGAGAGAAGCCAUAUCAUUGCUCACAGUGUGGAAAGAAUGUUGCUCAUCAGCGUGCUUGCCAACAACACCAGCACAUUCACACAGGAGAGAAGCCUUAUCCUUGCUCACAGUGUGGAAAGUGUUUUAUUCAUCAGAGUCAUCUCCAACAACACCAGCGAAUUCGCACAGGGUAGAAGCCUCAUCACACCUGACAGUAUGG